GCGGCACCGGGGCGAGACGGGCACCGGCAGCGGCGGCACCGGCACCGGAGCGCAGCCCGGCUCGGGAGCGGGCGGGGCGGGGGAACCGGCCGGCUCCAAAGCCGUCCCCCGGCGCGGGAGGAGGCGCUGGCCGAGCCCCCCCGCCGCGCUCCAGCCCAGCCAGACCCUGCGCCAGCCCCGCGCCGCUCGCCCAUGGCGACCCCCGGCCCCACGCGUGCCCCGGGCCCGCCACGGAGCCGCCGCUGAGCGCCGCGCACCGGCACCGGCACCGGCCCGGAGUCCAGAGUCUCAAUGUUCUGACUUGCUCUAAGAUGAAGAUAUGGAAGUUUGCAGCCAUUGCAUCGAUGCUCCUCAGCUCCAUCUUGUCCAUUUUAGUUUGUAGAGACAUGUUCAGCCGAAGCCUGGAGCUCAUCCCCUUGCCUUCCUCGCCGUCCUCCUCAGGGGAUUCCUCCUCCUCCUCCUCCUCCUUCUCCUCCUCCUCCUCCUCCUCCUCCUCCUCCUCCUCGCUGCCGGCGGCUCCCCGGAGAUCCCCUCGGGCCCUGCCACGCCCCAGCUCCCUGCUGGCCCAGUACAGCGCCUUGCUGGAGAGCUACACGGAGGGCGAGCUGCGGCAGCUGCUGUCGGCGCUGCUGGCGCGGUACCGCCGGGCCAUGACCCACCCACCAACAUCCCCGCGCAGCAAACGCGCCCGCGGCCGCCACAAACCCUGCGAGCUGCGCCAGCUGCAGGUCAGCGUCAGCGAGCUGGGGCUGGGCUACCAGUCGGACGAGACGGUUCUGUUCCGCUACUGCAGCGGCUCCUGCGAGGCGGCGGCGCGCAGCUACGACCUGUCCCUGCGCAGCAUGCGCGGCCGCCGCCGGAUCCGCGGCGACAAGGUGCGCGCCCGGCCCUGCUGCCGGCCCCUGGCCUACGACGACGCCGUGUCCUUCCUGGACGCCUACAACCGCUACUACACCGUCAGCCAGCUGUCGGCCAAGGAGUGCGGCUGUGUGUGA